AGAAUUGUUUAAGGAUUCCAAGGGCAAUUGCGAGACACUUCGCUGCGAGAUGUUCGAGAGCAGAGGCGGUUAACUCUCAUUUAAGCCUGUCCACCAGUAUCCGUCAGGGAAAAAAGCCAACAGUUCUCGGAUAUUCCAGAAAAAGUUGAAUACGAAUUGGAAACAGUUUUUUAAAAAGAGGGGGGACAUGUUCAAUUGCAGUUAGAAAGUUCUCGACUCUGCCAGGAUCAUCUGCUGCACCUGCGCUGGAAAGGUCUCUUGAACAUCCGUUGAGGGAGGAGAGGUUGGAGCAGUGGGAGUUGACCUCGCUACCCUAGAGAUGGCAGACGUUUGGCAAUUAGACUACCCAGAAAUGGAGCCGGUCGUAGAUGAAAACAGCUCCAGCAGCUCAGCCAAUCUGGAUGACAGCCUGACGAGCCUCCAGUGGUUACAGGAAUUCUCCAUCAUCAAUGCAAACAGCAGUCAGAAUGCCAUGUCUGCUUCUGCUCAUUCGUACCACGACCUGUACGGGCACCAACAAUUUAUUGGCUCUGAUGCCCCUGCUUCCCCUCUUGCUGCAGACCCGGCAUCCAUGGGCAUGCCUCACACCCCUGGAAGACCUACGUCUGCGUCCAUCUGCAGGGCUGAACAUCCUUUUUGCCAGCCCCUUGAAGAAAUAGACUACCGGAACAAUCCCCGGGUCAAACCACCCUACUCCUAUGCCACUCUGAUCUGCAUGGCCAUGCAAGCCAGCAAGAAGACUAAGAUCACAUUGUCGGCCAUUUACAAGUGGAUCACGGACAACUUCUGCUACUUCAGGCAUGCGGACCCAACCUGGCAGAACUCCAUCCGGCACAACCUGUCCCUGAACAAAUGCUUUAUCAAGGUGCCCAGAGAGAAAGACGAGCCUGGCAAAGGUGGCUUCUGGAAGAUUGAUCCUCAGUAUGCAGAUCGCCUUCUGAAUGGUGCCUUUAAAAAGAGAAGGAUGCCUCCUGUUCAGAUCAACCCAGCCUUCCAGGACCGCAUUCGACCCAUGCCCACCUUGGCUGCCCCUCUUCCCAGCUCUGACCCAGCCGGCCAAUUUCACAUCAGUCUGGAGUCUCAGCAACUGCUCAAAGAGUUUGAGGAGGUCACUGCCGACCAGAACUGGGAUCCUUGUGAAUCCGGGAAGGCUGGGCACAAACGGAAGCAGCCGCUGCCCAAAAGAAUGGUCUUCAAAGCUCCACGGCGCUCCAGCUCUCCGAUGUUGAUGGCUGAGGAACAAAAAGAGCUGGGCUCUCUGAAGGGAGACUUCGACUGGGACGCCAUCCUGCACAGCGCCCUGAGUGGCGAAUUAGACGACAACCUGGACAACGUGCCUCCCCUCAGUCCCAUCGCACCAGAUAUGGACCUAACCAUCCGUGGGAGACACAUCGAUCGGCCCCAGCAGUGGAGCCCCCUGCACAGUGAUGAGCAUGUUUUGUCUGAAACACUCCAGGAUAAUGUGGACUUUGACGAGGAGACCUUCCUGGCCACCGCUUUCCUCCAGCACCCCUGGGAGUCAAAUAAAAAUGACAUUCUCUCGUUCUCAGCCAUCAACCUGGAGCAGCUCUUUGACCUCAAUGACCCCUUCUCAAACGAACUUAGCGACUGUAGCAGGAUAGACUCGCUUCUGUGAAGCCCUGGCCCCCAGCCUACAGACACUUGUGUGAGCAUACUGAAGAUGGGCAUGCCGCCCUGAAACCACGGGCCAUAUCGGGAACGGACAGCGCAGGAGUGGGCACCACAUCGCCCAUGUCUAGACAUCUGCUGCUGGCGCCAUUUGCACAGGAUCUGUGUGUGUUCACACUCUGUGAGAAAGUCUUCCUAUGACAUUGAUGGAUGUUUGGGGGGUAUUGGGGGUGGGGGGGGGGACAUACAUGAGCUGUUAUUCUGUGCCUGUGAUGUUUAGGUCAGUGUAAACAGAAAGGAACUGAUUUUGGGUCCUCAUGUGGUGCCCCAGCUUUGUGACAUGUCAAUAAGGAAGAAAGAAAAAAAAAUAAAAAUGUGUUUCUUCAAGGGACUCCAGACAAAGCCACCAUUAAGUUUAACAUGGAGAACAUGGCGCCCCCUGAUGGCAGCUUUAGGAAGUGAACUAAUGCAAUGAUCAAUCCAUGUCUCAUCCACUAAAUGUGUGACUUGUGUGAGCAACUUGAGUUUUUUUUUUUAUUUUUAUCAUAGGGGAUAUAAGGAUUAGAUAACUCUAUUUAAAUAUAUCCAUCUGUAUAGUGUCCUUUAUAUAACAUAAAUAAAGAGCAUUUGGACAG